GGUGAUAUUUGUUUGAAUUAAAAUUUCCAAAGUUCCAGAAAUCUUUUCUUGACACCCAAAAAGUGCCCCUCGGAGUCAGAUCUUAGAAUAAGAACAAAGAAAAUGUUUUUGCCUCUUUACUUGGAUUACUGCUCCUUCACUCUCCAGCUCUGCCUCUGUCUGCCUGUAUUUAUCUGUAUUUUCUUCGCCUUUCAUUUUUUGGCUUUGAUUAAACAAAACGUUCAAAUUCACAUUACCCAAGAAAGUCUAUUUUUUUCCUUUUUUUUUUCGUUUUGCAGAUUGGCUAUUCCCCUCCCAAGCCAUUAAUACCUCUUCUUCUCUCACCUCCUUUACCUUCUCUCUCUCUCAAUACCCUCACUGGGUGCACAAAAAGUGAGCUAAAGUGGGUUCUUUAUCACCGAAAAGAAGAAGGGUCUGUUUUCUGGCCAUUAUUAUCACUUCCCCAUUUGAGAGGGGAAGUUUUCAUGGCUGUUUUCUUCCAUUGUCUUCUUGGAACUAUUAGCCCUUUAGAUUAGAGUCUCUUGUUUCGUGUUGGUGGUGCAUCUCUUGUUCCAUUUGAGUACCCAAAAAUGACCGUGAGUCUGUGAGCAAGCUUCUUCUUCAAGAUAUGGAGGGAAGGAGCUUCUGAUACACUGAAGAGAGUGUUUUCUUGAGUUUUAAUUACUGUUUCCCAAUGGAUAUUAUUCACUGUGCCCGUCUACUAUGUGUUGUCUGUUUUGGGAUGUUUCUAUGCGCAUCUUGUUUGGACGAAUUCGAUGAUUCAACAGCCGUGUACAUUGUAACUCUCAAGGAACCUUCUGCUGCUACUCAUUAUUAUGGGGAGCUUAGAAAAAAUACCACUUCUUUUAGAAUUGGUACUUCUGGUGGAUUAAGCAUCCACAAACCAAGAAAUAUAUCAAGAACACAUCGAAGAUAUAGCUCUUACAUAGCCCGAAUUCAUGAUUCGUUAUUGAGGAAGGUCUUGAAGGGGGAGAAAUAUCUGAAGCUGUACAGUUACCAUUUCUUGAUCAAUGGAUUUGCUGUGCUUGUUACCCAAGAACAGGCAAAUAAACUUUCAAAGAGGAGAGAGGUAGCAAAUGUUGUUCUGGAUUUCUCAGUUCGAACCGCUACGACCCAUACCCCACAGUUCUUGGGCCUCCCGCAGGGAGCAUGGUCUCAAGAUGGUGGCUAUGAAUCUGCUGGAGCUGGAAUUGUGAUAGGGUUCAUUGAUACUGGCAUUGACCCUACACACCCCAGCUUUGCCGACGAUUUGACUGAUAAUCCGUUUCCUAUUCCGUCUCACUUCUCUGGAAUCUGUGAGGUAACUCCAGAUUUUCCAUCUGGGUCAUGCAACCGGAAGCUUGUGGGAGCGCGCCAUUUUGCAGCAUCAGCUAUAACAAGAGGAAUAUUUAAUGCAUCUCAGGAUUAUGCGUCACCAUUUGAUGGUGAUGGACAUGGCACGCAUACAGCUUCAAUUGCUGCUGGAAACCAUGGCAUUCCAGUGCUAGUUGCUGGGCAUCACUUUGGGAAUGCCAGCGGGAUGGCUCCACGUUCACAUAUUGCUGUUUACAAAGCACUGUACAAAAGCUUUGGAGGUUUUGCUGCUGAUGUUGUGGCUGCUGUUGAUCAGGCUGCUCAGGAUGGGGUGGAUAUAAUAAGUUUAUCGAUCACACCGAACAGGCGGCCUCCCGGUAUUGCAACGUUUUUCAAUCCCAUAGACAUGGCGCUACUCUCUGCAGUAAAGGCCGGUAUAUUUGUUGUGCAAGCAGCUGGGAAUACUGGACCAGCACCAAAGAGCAUGUCUUCAUUCAGUCCAUGGAUCUUUACUGUCGGCGCUGCUUCUCAUGAUAGAAGCUACGCUAACUCUAUAAGCCUUGGCAACAAUGUCACCAUUCCGGGAGUUGGACUUGCACCUGGAACUUAUAAUGACACGAUGUACAAACUAGUUGCUGCAAUACAUGCUUUGAGCAAUGGCACAAACGUUUCGGAUGACAUGUAUGUGGGUGAAUGCCAAGACGCCAGUAAUUUCGAUCGGGAUCGAGUGGAAGGGAACCUUCUAAUAUGCAGCUACUCAAUCAGAUUCGUGCUCGGGCUUUCCACAGUUAAACGGGCUUUACAAACCGCAAAGAACUUGAGUGCUGCUGGUGUCAUUUUCUAUAUGGAUUCUUUUGUCAUAGGUUUUCGACUUAACCCAAUUCCAAUGAAAAUGCCUGGCAUCAUAAUUUCAUCACCAGAAGACUCCAAGAUACUUCUCCAAUACUACAACUCCUCUUUGGAAGUAGAUGGAUUAACAAAGAAAAUCUCUAAAUUUGGAGCUGUUGCUUGCAUAUCUGGAGGAUUAAAGGCAAAUUAUAGCACUUCCGCCCCACAAAUUAUGUAUUAUUCUGCUAGAGGACCUGAUCCAGAAGACAGUUCUCUUGAUGAUUCUGAUAUUGUGAAGCCCAACUUGGUAGCUCCUGGAAAUUCCAUAUGGGCUGCCUGGAGCUCUGUUGCCACUGACUCUAUCGAAUUUCUCGGUGAAAACUUCGCAAUGAUGUCAGGAACAAGCAUGGCUGCUCCUCAUAUUGCUGGCCUUGCCUCACUCAUAAAGCAGAAGUUCCCUAGUCUUAGUCCUUCAGCCAUUGCAUCUGCGCUAUCCACAACUGCUUCUCUUUACGACAGGACUGGUGGACCGAUCAUGGCUCAGCGUGCUUAUGCUAACCCCGAACAGAACCAGUCUCCUGCUACGCCUUUUGAUAUGGGAAGUGGUUUUGUAAAUGCAACUGCAGCUCUCAACCCGGGAUUGAUCUUUGAUUCUAGUUACGAUGAUUACAUGUCAUUUCUUUGCGGUAUCAAUGGAUCAGCUCCUGUGGUGUUCAACUACACGGGCCAGAACUGCAGAGUUUACAAUUCUAGCAUCAGUGGAGCUGAUUUGAACUUGCCUUCUGUCACGAUCGCGAAACUCAACCAGUCGAGAGUAGUGCAACGAUCUGUGACCAACAUUGCUGGACCUGAGUUUUAUAGUGUUGGUUGGAGUGCUCCUUAUGGGAUUUCUUUGAAGGUUUCUCCAACUCGAUUUUCAAUCGGCAAUGGCGAGAAACAAGUGCUAACCAUAUUCUUCAACGCCACGAUGAACAGCUCGGUCGCUAGCUUUGGUAGAAUUGGACUUUUUGGGAGUGAAGGCCAUAUUGUCAACAUUCCUCUUUCAGUGAUUUCGAAGAUCUCAUAUAACAAUACUACUAAUUGAGAGAGUUGGAGGCAAAAAAAGAUGAUUGAAUGUAUUUUAUUUGUUACCUUCUGCUGCUCCUCUGCUCUGCCUUUUUUAUUCCUUUCUUUUUUGAAUAAUUUGGAGGGUGUGUUAACCAAUUUUUUCAUUCAUUUUUGGUGUACAUGUUUUGUGAUGUAAAAGGAAAAGCUAGCAGCUGUCUGUAAUGAAGAUUAAGAUUCAAAAGGGAGGUAAUAACUGAGUUGAUUCUC